AAAAAAAAAAAAGUCACGAUAUUCAUUCCUGCCGUCACAAUACAAACACAUCUUCAUCGCAAAAGAAAGACUCGCAGCUUCCAAUCCUAUCCUCAAAGCCGAUUUCACAAAGCAAUAAAAUAGUAGCACCGACAUCGAAGACGCAGGCUUCGAGAGAAAAUCCAUCGGCGACCCAAGCAGCACAACCACAGCAUCAAGCAAAUAUUGUGGUCACACUUCCUGAUCAAAGCAACAACAUCCUUGCAGCCAUUGCUCCAAUCAGUGAGGGAGGAAAAUCAUUUUCUUCCCUGCAACUGGAAAAGGAGUCAGUUGCAAUUCCAUCAAUUGCGCCAUCAUCAGACCAAGAAAACAAGUCAUCCACGCAGCCGAUGGGGGAGAAGUCCCCUUCGAAUCAACCUGCGGCGACAAAAAAUUAUCCAUCUGCCCAGCCAGCGCAGCCGUUGCUGUCCAAUUCAACAAAAGUCCCGCACGAAAAGGACCACCAACAUCCACAAAAGUCUCCGCUGCUGUCAACUGGCAAACAUCUUUCAAUACCUGUUCCGGACCACCAACAGCUUCUGGUUACCAUGACUGGGGGGAAAAUCUCCGACAGUGGAAACAGUUAAUCUCGCAACAGAGGAUUCUCUGAUGGCUUUCGGUGAGCAAGGAAUUCCGGUCGAUCAACAGAUGGAGCCUCUGACGGCGGCCCAAGAAAUCCCCAAAAUCACGCAAAAUCCACCCAGUCCACAACUGAUGCUGCCUCCUUCCGCGAUAGAUGCGCAAUUACCGUCUCCGGGUCAAGUUCCUUCUCAGAAUUCAAAAACUGAUUUGUCGCAGUCAAAGGAUGAAAAUUCGGAAAAUCAAAUUGGAAAGAAUAUCCGGGAAAUCUCCCCAUCAGUCACGCAAUCUCCAUCCUCUUCUAAUGCGGGAAAGUCUCCACAAAAUAGCUCUAUCAGCAACGGCACUCAAAAAUUAAAUUCGGACGCUGCGGAAUUUUCUUAUAUUCCUCAACCACAAGCCCCGAUUCUAGAGGUUUUACUGCCGAUUACGGACCCAAAGUUGUACUUGUCCAAGGAUGAUAUGGAGGUUGGGAAUAAUAUCGAGACCUUUAAUCUAAGUUAUUCGAUUGAAGAAAUAUAUUCUGAAGGUAGAAUAAAUCAUACUUCUAUUGAUUCUGAUGAUGAACAUUUUGAUAUGGAAUAUGCAAUGGAACCAGAGUUUUUUUACAGUGAAAUUUCUGUUCCCACAUACCACAAUCGAUCGAAGAAAGCGAAGGCUUAAAAGAAAGUUCAAGGUCGUCGGUCCGCUAGAUUAAACAAG